CCCCUCCUGCAGGCCGCUGCUCCGAGCUGCAGCAGGAGGCCACCGCGCUGCGAGCCGCGUUGGCGCCAGCCGUGCGGGGGCGGCCGUCGGCACACUUCUUUUUUCCGUCGACCCGCGUCUCUGCUUCCGUAGGCGCAGCAGGGCGAGGCGGCCGCGGCGCAGAUUGGGCAGCUCCAGGGCGCUCUGCGCCGCAGCGACGGAGGCGGCGGCGGCGGCGGCGUCAACGGUGCCGGCGGCAGCGGCGGCGGCGGCGGGCUCAUCGAUUUGAUGGACGCGCCCAACGUGCCGUCAAUCGGUGCGGUGAGCUGCGGUGCUGGGGGAGGGGACUUGCUGGGCGGAGCGGGCAACGGGGGCAGCUGUGCGGGCGGCGGCAUGGUUGAGAGUUUGCGCGCGCAGCUGUCGAUCGUCGAGCAGCGCGCGGCGGCGGCGGGCGAGUAUCGCGAGCUGUCGGACGGGUGCGUGGCACUUCCUAGACAUUUCCUAGACGCUUCCUAGAGUAUCGCGAGCUGACGGGUGCGUGGUGACCAAGGCGGGGCAUCGCCAAUCUCGGGGAGUCUCGGCCAGCCUCUCGUGAUGCAUGACUAGGUGGAAGCGCAAGGCGGAGCGGCUGGGCGAGGCGCUCGCCGAGGCGCAGCGGUCGGCCGAGUCGCAGGCAGAGAUGUGGAAGACGCGGCGUAGCAAUGAAUCGAGUGUGUGAGUCCUCCUCUCGCGUCGUAGGCGGAGAUGUGGAAGGAGCAGCUACAGGCGAUGCGCGUGCGCGCGCGGUCCGAGCAGCGCCGGGCGGCGGAGCUGGAGGGCGAGGUGCGCCGGCUGGGCGGCUCGCUCGCCGACGUGACUCCAGCCAACGACUUUGGGUCUCCCGAGCCGGCGCCGCAGCGGCGCGACGGGGCUGGCAGCGGCGACCUUGGCUCUGGCGGCACGCGCGGCGCGCCGAGCGGCGAGAAGUUGCGCGACGCGGCGGGCAAGGUGUUUAGCAAGGUGGACGGCCGCCUCGACGGCGUCUUCGACAAGGUGGAGGGGCUCGGAUCGAACCUGGCGAUGCGGCUGACGCGGGGCACGGGCGCGCUGCGGGAGAGGCUAGUGCGCGAGGAGGAUAGGUAGGUGCGCAAGCGGCUACGCUAUAACUUAGACUCUUAUAGUUGUGGCUGCGACCAGUGGGGGGUCUCUAUUCGUGCUGUCUCCAUGAGGGUCGAGUCUCAUCAAGAUGUGAGUGUC